CUCUCUCUCAUCUCUUUCUCUCUCCACUUUUCCGGCACGGCGGCGCUCUCCGGCACCUCCACAAACCCUAAUUUUCCUUAGUGGGUAUGGCUUGUUUUCGAUUCAAUCUCCUUAAAUCCUUAAAAACAAGGAGAAUCAAUCGAAAGAGAAUCUCGAAUCGAGAGCUUAAUCAAGAUGAUGAAAUAGAGGCGCCGCCAUCUCCACCGGCGACGGCGGCGGCGAUGAGUUGUGAUGGGAAGUUGAAGAGAUUCCGGUGGGAGGAAUUGAAGAAAGGGGCAAAGGAUUUUUCGAAAAUGAUUGGAUCAGGAGGAUUAAGUAAUGUUUAUUUAGCUAAUCUUUAUGAUUCAAAUCUUGUGGCGGUUAAGAUUAUUCAGUGCGGUUGUAGUGAGCGGCUCAGCCGCAUAUUCCGGCAAGAACUUGAGAUUCUACGGCAAAUUCGACAUGAAAAUAUUGUUAAUCUCAUCGGAUUUAGCGAAAGUCAAGAUGAAGGAGCUUUGAUUCUCGAGUACGUUCCAAAUGGAACCCUACAAGAGAAACUUCAUUCCAACCGUCGUGGAGGCUCGUCGAGUUCUUUAUUAUCAUGGAAGGAUAGAAUGGUAAUUGCAUUUCAAGUUGCCGGAGCCAUGCAAUACCUUCACGAGAGAUGUUCUCUCCACAUUGUCCACGGCGACAUAAAAUCCUCCAAUAUUUUGUUAGACGAGCGCCUAAAUUCUAAACUAUGCGAUUUUGGAUCAGCCAAGAUGGGAUUCUCAUCCAUGGUCUUGCCUCCAUCAUCAGCCGAUCGAAGAAUCAUGAUGGGCUCGCCAGGGUACGUCGAUCCUCAGUUCCUCAGAACUGGGAUCGCGUCAAAAAAGAGUGAUGUAUAUAGUUUUGGAGUUGUCUUGCUUGAACUCAUCACGGGGAUGGAGGCGUUCUGCCCCGAGAAGGAGCAGAUGUUGACGUCUGUGGCUGGAGCCGACGAGGGGAAGGUUGUGGAGAUGGUGGAUCCGCGUUUGAAGGGGAAUUUUGAUUUGGAGGAAGUUAAGGUUAUGGCAACAUUGGCGGGAUUGUGCUUGAGAUCUUCUCCUAGUUUAAGACCUUCCGCGGCCGACCUUUUGUUUAUUAUGAGCGAUAAGAUAGCUCCCGUUUAUAACUCGCUAUCUUGUGUUGGAAAACAAGAAUCGGGCGAGGUUUGUCAUGAGAAUUUGUAAAUUCUUUUGCGUUUUCAACUUUGAUUGUACAAGAAAAGGGAAAAAAGUAUAGGAUCGGUGGUAGUGUUUUGUUCGCAGCCCCAUCAUGAAAAACAUUGUUUAAAAUCCGCACUCAAAUUAUAUUAAACUCUAAUCAAACUUAC